AUUUAUCAACAUCGAUGCGCCAAACAACAGAUUAGAGCAUACUUCGGCCACAAGAACGCGAACCUGGUCUCGAGAACAGGUCCCGGCAACCAUACAGAGCUGUGUCUAAAAUUGGACUACCACUGAAGCAAGAUGCUCAUAGGCAUCACCGGCUCCAUAUGCUCCGGCAAACACACAACGGCCGAAUAUCUCGUCCAACAUCAUGGCUUCUUACGCCUGCAUCUCCCGACGCCAUCUCAACUUCAACAUGUGGUCGUGAACAACAGCUAUGCACCAUCAUCUUGCCCCACCACUGGCGAUGAGUCCAAGUCCAAUGGCACUAUUCCUGGAGGAGAACCUCUACUUGCACAUCUUCUACCCAGCGUGACGGACCAGAAAGGCACACGAGGGCUGACCUUUCCGGACGUCGAUGGGCUUCUCGAGUUCGUGACCAAGCGAUGGCGGGAACACUGGGUUCUGACGGAUAUCUACGACGAAAAUACUCUUGAACUACUACUGAGACGGCCGUUCUUCUUGUUAUUAAAUGUCGAAGCGCCCGUGGGAGUGCGGUAUCAGCGCUUCAGUGAGCGGUGCCGCCACCGCUCUCUCACACCUCUCCCAUUAUCCGACUUCAUUUACUACAACGACCUCCAACUCUAUGGCUCCCGCUGCCUCGCCUCGUCCACAUCCACCCCGUCUUCCUCAACACCCUUCACCUCCGGUAUCCUGCAUCUAACGUCCCGGUCACACCUACACCUCGUCAACAUCCACCCUACCAUAUCCGCCUACUACGCCUUCCUCUCGACUCUCGAUCUCCCUUCUCCCGUCCGUCUCCGACCAACAUGGGAUGCCUAUUUCAUGACCCUAGCCCACCUCGCCUCCCGGCGAUCAAACUGCAUGAAACGCCGUGUCGGCUGCGUCCUCGUGCACAACUCGCGCAUCAUAUCGACCGGCUACAAUGGCACUCCACGCAACCUGCGCAACUGCAACGAAGGCGGCUGCGCGCGCUGCAACUCGGCGGUCGCCACGGGCGGUUCGUCCCUCUCCACAUGCCUGUGUCUGCACGCCGAGGAGAACGCGCUGCUCGAAGCCGGCCGCGAGCGCAUCCGCGAGGGCUGCAUCCUGUACUGUGACACGUGUCCGUGCCUGACGUGCAGCGUCAAGAUCGCCCAGGUCGGCGUCAAGGAAGUCGUGUAUAGCCAGAGCUAUAAUAUGGACGAGGCGAGUCGGCGGGUGCUCAAGGAGGCCGGCGUCGGCUUGAGGCAGUUCAUCCCUCCGAAGAGUGGAUUGGUCGGCUUUGGCUUUGAUCCUGACACUGCUACUAAUCAUGACGAGGCAUUGGGUCAAGACGGAGAAGGCCAAGAAUUGGUAGUUAGGAAUGGCAUCUCUUGAGUGCGAAUACUACAGGCAAUCUUGUACCUCUCAGCAGCUUCGGCCCACAAACAAUCACACCUCCUCCCCCGGGCUGCUAAGGGCCACUGCUUUAUUCCAAAUGAGAUGUGAGAACUGGCGCAGGAAGGUGAAUGGGUUGAAUCGAGUGAAAAUGACUACGAGUAGAAGUGCAAGCUAUCGUGAAGGGUAUCGAUUUGUCGUCAUUAGAAGUGGAAAAGAAACCCGCGUGGACCGC